AUGCCAGCCAACACCGUGAUGGAGCCCAAGGACUUGUCCCACCCCAAGUGGGACCCCAAGACCCCCUGGGAGUCCUCCAUUGAGCCCCCCAGAGAAUCCGGCAACCCCACGACCACCAACAAGUCUCCACCUAACAUCUCCCCAGCCAGCUCCUCAGUCCAUUCCCAAACUGGCUCCCUGCACAACCGGGAUCAGUCUGAGUCCCAAAGCAUGUUUGCCCAGUCCCAGGUGUCUAGUCAGUCCCAGGAGAACAGCCUGUCCCAGGCCAACAGCCAAUCCCAAGAGAACACCUCAUCCCUGGUGCAGAGCCCGUUCCAGGUGAACAGCCAAUCCCAAGAGAACAACUCGUCCCAGAUGAACAGCCAAUCCCAAGAGAACAGCCCGAGCCCGUCCCAGAUGAACAGCCAAUCCCAAGAGAACAGCCCGAGCCCAUCCCAGGUGAACAGCCAAUCCCAAGUGAACAGCCUCAGCCCAUCCCAGGCCACCAGCCAAUCCCAAGAGAACAUCCUGAGCCCAUCCCAGGCCACCAGCCAAUCCCAAGAAAACAUCCUGAGCCCAUCCCAGGCCACCAGCCAAUCCCAAGAGAACAUCCUGAGCCCAUUCCAGACCACCAGCCAAUCCCAAGAAAACAUCCUGAGCCCAUCCCAGGCCACCAGCCAAUCCCAAGUCAACAGUAUAAGCCCAUCCCGGGUCACCAGCCAAUCCCAAGUCAACAGUAUAAGCCCAUCCCGGGUCACCAGCCAAUCCCAAGUGAAUGGCAUAAGCCCAUCUCGGGUCACCAGCCAAUCCCAAGUGGAUGGCAAUGGCCCAUCCCGGGUCACCAGCCAAUCCCAAAUGAAAGACCUGAGCCCAUCCCGGGUCACCAGCCCAUCCCAAUUGAGGAUUCAUUCCCCGGUGAUCAGCUUAUCUGGGGAGAACAGCCCAUCCUCGUUGAAUAGCCCAUACCCAUCCCAGGUGAAUGGCCAACCCCCAGUGACCUACCAGUCCCAGGUGAAACGCCAGUCUCUAGUGAAUGGCCGGCCCCAGAGGCCUAGCCAGUUCCAGGAGCCCCGGGAGAGUGACCCAAGUCAGAGAUAUGGCCAGUUCCAGGAAAGUGUCCGGUUCCAGGAAAAUGGCCCGUACCAAGUGAAUGGCCAGUACCGAGCGAAUGACCAGUACCGAGCAAGUGGCCAGCCCCCGAAAAAUGGCCAUUCUCAGAAAAACGACCAGUCCCAGGGGACCAAGCAAUUCCAUAAGAGCAAACCUUCCACCAACUCUUUGGGCUUCUCCCAGCAGAGCCAAUGGGCCACCAGCUUCACCAUCCGGGAGCCAGCCCCUGGGCAGUUUCCCUGUGGCACCGUCACCUCCCUCAAUCACGACACCACCAGUACUGCCCUCCCACAGUACUCCUCCAAGAUCUCUGACAGGCCAGAGACCAAAAGCCCCAAAGCCCCCAAGACCCCCAAAGCAAAGUCCCACGGACAAUCUGGGAAGGGUGCCACCUCCCAGAUCGAAUGCAGCUCCUCUGUAUCCGAGGUGCCCACAGCCUGUCCAUCGGAAUCUUCUGACGAUUAUACUUCUGAGACAACCACCGAGGUCACCUGCACCUGGCCCCAUCACAAAUACGGAUUCCACUACCUGCAGCAGCACUGCUGGAAGCACAAACAUGUAGCCUGCUAGGGGGAUAAUAAAGCUCAUGGACCA